AUGGAAACUCGGUCAAGAGCUCGUCAGGAGCCUGAUGCCAUAAGUGACACUCCGAUGGCUUUAGACGUCCCCCUAGAGAGGAUCGCACCAACACUUACACAAAACACUCCCCAAAGCGCCAUACCACAGCCGAAUAUGGGCUGGCACAUGGAUCCCAAUGACCUUCCACUCGAGCACCCGAUCGAAUUCAUGCGCCAACUUGAAAGCAUUGGCUGGAACGGCGGAGAGCACUUCUUUCCUGGCAAACAUGAUGAGUUCUGUUUCGUUUGUGGAGGCUCGAUGGAGUUAUUUGGAUGCCAAACAUGCGAAACUUGCUACCACGCAGCGUGCAUGAGCCCAACCUUAGAGGUUGACGAUGUUCCUACUUUCUGGUUUUGUCCUCAUUGUGUGGAUCGAGAGCUUCACAUCCCACCUGAUCUGUCUACAUCAUACCUCACUCCCAUGUCGCCACCGCAACCUGGAGGAGUGUACCCUUCUCCCAGCCAGUCGAGUCUGGGCCAAGCUUCAACUCCGAAUAGCCAGCCCAACGCCCCCGCUCCACUGUCGAAAAGGAAACCUGAAGGACAGAUGAUCGAUAUAAAGGGGUCAAAGCAGAAAAUCCACGAGAUAGCAAGGAGUCUGAAUAACGCAACACUAACAGAAACUCGCAAGGAACCAAAAGCAGACUUGACCAAGGCACCUUCUGGACGGUCACGACGGACAAACUCCCCGCCACGAAAGCGAUCGAAAUAUUCUGCGUAUUCGUCUGAGGUAGACAAAGCGCUUGCUGUCAUCCACAAAGAGCUUGAGGCUGCUGCUCAGAACGGGAAGUCAGAGGGCAGCCUUCGAGAACGCAUUCACACUUUGGAGCAAGAGUUGAGACUUAAAGAUGGCCAAAUUCUCCUCUCUUCACGAGAGCUGGAGGUGGCUCGACAGCAAGGUGACACAGCUCGCCUUCAAGCUGAGGUGAAGGAAUUGAGAGCACAGAAUGAGGGUUUGAAAACAUUGGUCGAGAAGAAAGAUGCCGAACUCAGAGAUUGGAGGUCGAAGCUUAAGACCUUGCUUGGGAAUGAUGCCGAAUGA